AUGUCUGGUUCCGACGACGCGAUUCAGGAGGCUAGAAUCGCCCUUGUGAUCUUGCCAAAAGAUCACCCAGAUCGUGCAGGAUGGCUCAAUAACCUAGCCAUUGAGCUAGCUCAAGGGUAUCAGAGAACAGCAAACACUGUUUUCCUCGAUGAAGCAAUAGCAAUUGGACGUCAGACUCUUGCUGCAAUGUCUGACCCUGAUUCUAAAGCAACAGGCCUCAGUAACCUAAGCUGUCACUUAAGUGAAAGAUACCUCUGCAUAAGAGACGUCAGAGAUAUAGAAGAGGCAGUACAGAUCGGAGGCGAGGCUCUUCAGUUAACUCCUCGCUUUUCCUCGGAAAGGCCAACGCGGCUGAACAAUCUAGGGGUUGCACUGAGCCAUCGAUACAUGGCAAACGAGGAGAAGGCAGACCUCGACCAUAGUAUCAAGGCCUUCAGAGAAUGUGUGAACACAGGCAUGGACAGUGAUCCAAACUUGGCAAACUAUUUUAGUAAUCUUGGAUCCCAGCUACGCCAACGGUACCACUCAGUCGGUGCUGUGGACGACCUAGAAGAGUCUAUCCGAGCUGGUCGAGAAGCCGUGGAUAAAACAUCCGAAGACGACCCACAACGGCCGGCACGAGUGACCAACCUCGGAGGUGUACUGGCUGAUAGCUUCCGCCGGACCGGGAAUAGAGAACAUCUCAACGAGAGCACUUUACUAGCGCAAUAUGCUACUCAAAACACAAUGGAGUCCCAUGUGGAUAGUCCGAUGUACUGGAAAAUACUUGGAACGCGUCUCAGCACUCAAUACUCACGAACGGGAGACAUCAAGGAUCUUGAAGAAGCUAUACAAGUCGGUCGCAAUGUGCUAAGCACUACACGGCAUACCGAUCCAGAUCGGGUAGGAAGACUACACUCACUGAGUGUCCGACUCGGAUUGCGAUUCGAUAGGCUAGCAAAUAUGAGUGAUCUCCACGAAGCAAUUCAGAUUGCACAACUAGCUCAGAAAGACAUUCCUGAUCAUUAUCGUGGAAGAGCGGGACUAUUGAACCAUAUUGGAGAUUUGCUUUCUUCUCGACAUUUAAGAACAGGAUUCCUACAAGACCUUGAAGAGGCUAUACGUGCCAAACGCGAGUGUGUGCGUAUUUGCCCACAAACCUCUCUGGACUUACCAUUGUAUCGUGAUAGCCUCGGCUCAACGCUUGGCCAGAGAUACGCGUUACUAGGGGCCAUGGCUGAUCUUGACGAGUCUAUCGAAAACAUCCAAAUAGCAGUUGCCAUGACUCCCAAAAACCAUCCCGAUUUGCCUGCAUGGCUUGACAACCUUAGCACUCAGUUAUACAGUAAAUAUUUGAGAUCAAACGACAUGUCCUAUCUUGAGAGAUCGAUUCAAGCUUCUAGAGAAGUUGUUGAUCUUCUGCCAGACGAUGACCCAAGCUAUUCCUCUGCACUGAGUAACCUAGGGCAUGUGCUCGUGGAGAAGUUCGAAGAGUUGGAGGAUGCGAAGGACCUCGAAGACUCCAUCCAGACUCUACGGAGUGCUAUCGACCUAACUCCACUAGAUCAUCCGGCGCGCCCUACGAGCUUCAACGUCCUUGCAAUAGCAUUGAGCAAGAAGUAUAAAUUGACGAACAACAUGGAUUAUAUCGAGGAAUCCAUCAAUCUCGCCCGCCAGGUCGUUAUAAUGGUCCCAGAAGAUCACCCUGAUCGUACGAUAUUCUUGACCAAUCUAGGUUUGCGGCUUGGUGACAAGUGUUUGACUACUUUGGACGAGGAGGAUAUAAAGGAAGCCGCGUUACACUGCGAUCAGGCUCUACGCCAGAAAAAUUCUUUCAUCGUGCAGCGCGUACGUGCUGGUAUGCUGGCGGUCAAUUAUCACUCCUUGACUUCGAACUGGGCCGCCGCCUGCGAGGCUGGUAGCAUUGUCGUGCCAUUGCUUCCUAAGCUUACGCCGCGAUCGUUCGAGACUUCGGACAAGCAGGAGCAACUGGGAGAAAUUGCUGGUCUAGCCUCCACGGUAGCAGCAGCAGCCUUGGGAGCAAAGUCAGAGCCCUUCUUCGAACACCAAGAAUUGGCGGAGCGGUUUAAGAAUCUCCGGGAAGAACUUCAACCUCCCCAGGACAAUGAAGCCGCCGGCCUGAAGCAAUCUUUGAGCUCCUCGCACCGAUCCCAGGGGGGUCGAAUUUACGAGGCAAAUGAAGAGCUCGAUAAGCUCAUUGCGGAGAUUCAGCAAAUUCCAAUGUUUGAGGACUUCCUCGGGGUACCCAGCGAAGCCGACAUGAGAGCAGCUGCUAGAAUUGGUCCGAUUGUUGUAGUUAAUGUUAGCGACGAUCGAUGCGAUGCGAUACUCAUCGAACAAAACGGAAUACGGGUUUUACCACUCCCUAGACUGAGAAACCAGGAAAUCGAGAAGAGGGUUCAGAGAGGUAAUCUUGGAAGUAUUCAAACACUAACCUGGCUGUGGGAUUCGAUUGCACGUAGUGUUCUUGAUGCCCUCGGAUUUAUGGCGCCACCAUCUUCUGGAUGCUUACCCCGGCUCUGGUGGGUUCUUACGGGCGCCCUCGUCAAUUUCCCCAUUCAUGCGGCGGGAAAGUAUUCCCCAGGUUCUAUGGAAACCGUUCUUGACCGAGUCAUGUCAUCUUAUGUGUCUUCGGUGAAAGCCCUUAUACACGGCCGGCGGCGACGAAAACAUAAUUUUCAGCUGUCCGGGCAGUCGUCAACACGAGCAGUCCUCGUCGACAUGUCUCAAACGCCCCGCUAUGGCACAUUACCUUUCGCAACAAAAGAAGUAGCUAUAGUCCGAGAUAUCUGCAAAGCAACGUCCAUCGAGUACUCGGAGCCUAUGCGGACAAAAGACCAUGUCUCCUCACAGCUGAAGAACUGCGAAAUAUUUCAUUUCGCCGGCCAUGGGCACACAGACAGCCAAGACCCGGCAUCUAGCUAUUUACUCCUAAAUGACUGGGAGGAAGACCCGCUGACAGUGGGUUCUUUGUUUGACAUGAACCUCCGCGAGAACUCGCCAUUUCUCGCGUAUUUGUCAGCAUGCGGGACCGGUCAGAAUAAAGAGGAGAAGCUGGCAGACGAGAGCUUCCACCUCAUUGGCGCGUGCCAGCUAGCCGGGUUUCGUCAUGUUAUCGGAACAUUAUGGGAGGUCAGCGACGAGUUGUGCGUUGACGUGGCCAGAAUCACAUACGAAGAACUGGUCGAUGGAUUCAUGAGUGACGAUUCAGUGUGCCGCGGAAUACACAGAGCAACGAGACACCUGAGGGACCGUUGGCUCAGGUCAUCAUCUGCUAGCAUCCUUGUGGCUAAGGCCGAGCCAGGGAGUGCGGAUGCGGGUGACGAGAACGAUGAAAGGGGCCCCAGGAAGGCCGUCUAUCACAGCUCCGACGACGAAGACGGCGACGCCUUGUCAUCAUCAUUAUCAUGGGCUCCUUAUGUCCAUUUCGGAGUCUGA